AUCCACCUGCUCCUCACCCACGCCAAUCGGCAACUACUCCCCUCCAAACGGUCUCGCGAUUCGUACGCAGAGGCCAUGCACAAGUGCCGGUCCAUCAAUCCUGCCCUGGGGUCACGGGCCUUUGCCCCUGCCCCGCGGGUCCAGGUUCAGUCCCAGCGCCGCAAUCUCCAGGAUGUCGCUAUCACUCGCACCGGAAGGCCCCUUCUGAAGGUCCAGGGUGGCCGCUCUUCCCUCGGAGGACACACUGCGACCGUCUUCGGUGCCACCGGUUUCCUGGGUCGUUACAUUGUCAACAAGCUUGCUACCCAGGGAUGCAAUGUCGUGGUCCCCUACCGUGAGGAAAUGACCAAGCGUCAUUUGAAGGUCACUGGUGAUCUGGGCCGUGUUACUUUCAUUGAAUACGACCUCCGCAACACCCAGUCCAUCGAGGAGAGCGUCCGCCACUCCGAUGUCGUUUACAACCUGACUGGUCGCCAAUACCCUACCAAGAACUUCUCCUACGCCGACGUGCACGUUGACGGCGCUGAGCGCAUCGCCGAGGCUGUCGCCAAGUACGACGUGGACCGCUUCAUCCACGUUUCCUCCUACAAUGCCCGCCGGGACUCUCCCUCUGAGUUCUUUGCCACCAAGGCCUGGGGUGAGGAGGUCGUUCGCUCCAUAUACCCCGAGACCACUAUCGUCCGCCCUGCGCCGAUGUUCGGUUUCGAGGACAACCUCCUUCACAAGCUCGCUGGCGUGUCCAACCUGUUCACUGCCAACCACAUGCAGGAGCGCUACUGGCCAGUCCACGCCAUUGAUGUCGGUGCUGCCCUCGAGAAGAUGCUGCACGACGACAGCACCGUUGGCCAGACCUUCGAGCUCUACGGUCCCAAGAACUACUCCACCGCCGAGAUUGCCGAACUGGUGGACCGUGAAAUCGUCAAGAAGCGCACCCAUAUUAACGUGCCCAAGGCUCUCCUCAAGCCCUUCGCCCACUACCUCAACAAGUACCUCUGGUGGCACACCAUGUCCGCCGACGAGGUCGAGCGCGAGUUCAUCGAUCAGGAGAUUGACCCCGAGGCCAAGACCUUCAAGGAUCUGGGCAUGAACGAGGUUGCCGACCUCGCGGACCUGACCUUCCACUACUUGCAGGGAUACCGUAGUGCCUCCUACUACGACCUUCCCCCGGCGACCGAGCGUGAGCGCCGUGAGGAGAAGAAGUACCUGCAUGUGCUGGACGACCAGUAGUUGUGUUUUUAAUGUGUACAUAAGCUGCCUCCUAGACGCGAAUCUUAUUUCCUUGUGCUGUCUGGAUUCGAUCAAAAUCAAUCUCAUUUGUCAAUGCUAUUUCUUAUACAAUGGUCUCCGUACGAUCAUCCACUGUCCAUGAGAGUACUUAUCCACACAUAAUCAGUACUCCGCACUGGACUCUGUAAUAUCCCCUGCAUAAGCUCCCAAGUGGA